CCUUUGUCCAUCAGUGGACGUCAUUUGGCUGAAACGAAUGAAUGAACACGAUAACCUAUGACGAUUAACAUGGGUUAGUAAUAGAAAAGAAAUUAAAAAGAAUCGACGAUAUAAUUGAUUUCCUUGGUUCAACCGUUUGUUUCAAAGCAAUAGUUACGUGUUGUCUCACUGCAUUGUAGUACGUAAUAAGAAAUGGUGACCUUUAAACAUUUAGUAUCAUUAAUUUAUACCAUUGACUUUGUAAUAAGUGUAAAACGUGACUACAAAACAAUUAAUACAGUCAAUUUAAACUACACGGGAGAGAAAUUUCCCAUUCAAUUCUUGGAUCCAGAUCAAGCUAAGUCUACGUUACGAGAUCUAAAUUUGUAUAUAAAUAAUUUACGAAAAUCUGUAAAAUAUUUUGGACGUUUUCCGAAUUCAACAGAUUGCAAUGCUGCCGUAUGUUUGUUUUUCUCAAAAUCACUUUUGAGAAGGACCCUACUUGAUUAUCGAAGUAAGCUGCAAAGUUCUCAUAUAGAACAUAUAAAGCAAAUAAUAAACGAUGCGGAAAAUAUUGUGUCACAUUACAUUUAUCUCAAUGCCUUUUACGAUUGGACAGAUCUUGAAUUCAGGGUAUCAAAACUGUUUCAAGACGAUACUAUUCUGGUAAAUAGCAUUAGUGAAUUCAACAGAAAUCGCUUAAAUCCCUGGGUCCUAAGUAAUGAAUUUAUGAAUGAGCACAUCAAAGAAAUCGAUGAGGGGACUCUACCCAAGGAAAAGUUUGUAGAGUUUGUGCAAGCUAUGUCAGAGUACUUUAUAAGUUUGGAAGAUUCUGAUAAUUGUAUGUCUCAAGUCGCGUUUAACCGAGAGCCAUAUGAUUUUACUUCCACACAACAAUGUCUAGUAGACGAUUUUUGUGAGCAUCGUAUACUUUCGCCACCAUCUGUUGCUUAUUCUUUAAGUCAUCGAUUGCUCAAUAUAUUUUUUCGCUUGAAAAUCAGAAAAUGCUAUAUUAAAUCUGAAGAAGCUGACCUUAGAGAAAUUGAUAAGUUGUGUGCAUUUAUGUAUCGAGAGGCUGUAUACCUAGCACGAAGAGGAUUUUUCGUCAGGGAUCUAUUUUUGGAGCAUAUCGCAUUGUGUGCAAUGAUGGGGUAUGAGGAGUUUCACCGUAAGCACUGGUUUACUAAAGCACUAAGCUGGGUGAAUGAAGAAGGCUGCAUGAAAGAAUUUCGCAAUUUUGAAAUUAAUCGGACCAGAUAAUGCGAAAUAAAAAUAGAUUUAAUUAUCAAGAUAAAAGUACAUUCUUGAAAUGGCGUUGUAAUGUGUUACAUUCUCUUUGCGAUGACCAUCCGAGUGCUCUCUUGAUGGUUGUUUUAAGUCAUGCUAUAAGGCACACAGUGCAUUUUAUGCUGACGUAGAAUUAAGUAGGUCAAUCCACGUAAAAUGUUCAUUUAUUAAUAGGUACUACGUUAUUUCAUUUGUCUUUAACUUACAGUUUCAUUUUGUGACCUUCCUUACUGACUAACGUUUACUGCUAAUGAUCAGACACGUUACUAUUUUUUCUGCUAUAAGAGAUGAUCGGAAAAUUGUUAUGAUUCUUCGUUGAAUAAAAUUUCAGUGUUAUUAUAAGUAUAGACAUUUAUUAUCAUCAUUCAACAUUCAAUGUAAAUAUAAAAAUAAGUUAAUAACAAUUAAAUAAAUAAUAAUGUAACCUACCUUAUUACUUUUUAUGAUUAAGUUGUGUAGACUACCAUUGAAGUGUUAAAAUAUUAUUACUUAGGGAAAUAUCUUAUUUGUCAAAAAUUGUGCUUGUUUUGUUGAAUUGCAACAAAAGCCCAAGAGGCACACAUGAAAAAGUAACCGAUUGCAGAAAUUACUCAUACUUAUUUAUUGUAAAUAUAAUUCCCUACUAAUAAAGUCAACCCAUGACAUUUCAAA